GAGAGCGAGAGAGUGAGAGAGAGAGAGAGGCAGAGCAGAAAAAGAGAGACAGAGAGAGGGAAGAGGCAAGCAGAAAAAACAAGAGAGGGAGGAAGGUAGGCAAGGGGGAGAGUACACUUUCAUCUCAACUGCAACACCUUAUCACUCAUUGCAGAAGUCCUACUGUACAUUACCAUGGCAACAACGGAACAGCUCUGAGAGAGAGGGAAGAAGGUAAAGCAAACAAAAAGGGAGCGAGAGAGUGAGAGAGGGAGAGAGAGAGGGAGCGUGGGACCAGCUGGAAGCCCUCGUCUAACGCGCAAAGUUGAAGGGAGGAUAGGAGCGAGACGGGAGCGAGCCACAGGCUUCAGAACAUGGCUCUGCGUGCAGCGCUGCUCAUCUGUCUGUCCACCGCAGAGUUGGGGAGAGUUUGGGCGCAGGAGAGAAGAGGAGCGGCAUACGCAUCGGCGUGGACCGUGGAGGGUUCGCCUGGCCUCCACAGGAGCCACAAGCACCAGAAACCCCUCCUGGCCUCAGGUCGGCCCAGAACGGCUCGGGACACGCUGGGAGGCGGCCUGGCUAUCGACACUCUACCCGACAACAUGACCCGCAUCGUAGAGGACUCUCAGAAGUAUUACUCUUGGCGCAGUUAUGGCCCAACGGACAAGCGCACAGAGGAGCUGUGGGUGGACCUGGGUGCCGUAGAGCACACUCAAGUCAGAGUGCAUGGUAUCCUGUCCAACACACGUCGCCAGGCUGUGCGGGUGGCCCUAUCGUUUGAUUUCCCCUUCUACGGACACUAUCUGCGGCAAAUCACCAUAGCAACUGGAGGGUUCAUCUUCACAGGGGAAGUCACGCAUCGCAUGCUAACGGCCACUCAAUACAUCGCCCCACUCAUGGCCAACUUUGACCCCAGUUACGCCAAAAACUCCACCGUGCAGUACCUGGACAAUGAGGAGGUGUUUGUGGUGCAGUGGGACAAGGUGCGGCUGGAGGACCAGGAGGCGCACGGGGUGUUCACUUUCCAGGCUGCCCUCCAUCGCACUGGGACCAUCGUCUUCAGCUACAGAGAUGUUCCAUUGACGGUGGAGGAAAUAAGCUCAGAUAAACACCCAGUGAAGGUGGGCUUAUCCGAUGCCUUCAUGGCCCAUCUCACCUCUUCACAUGCCCCAGAUUCACGACAACGAACAAUCUAUGAAUAUCAUCGAGUGGAGAUUGACACCACAAAGAUCACCAACCACUCUGCUUUUGAGUUCACCCCACUGCCCACCUGUCUGCAGCAUGAGAGCUGCGACGACUGCAUCUCCUCCAACCACACGGCUGGCUGCGGCUGGUGCAACGUCCUUCAGAGGUGCUCAGACGGAAUAGACAGACACAGACAGGAGUGGCUAGACUAUGGCUGCUCAGAGGAGGCCAAGGGUGCCGUCUGCGAGGAUUACGCUACACUGGACCCACACGGCUUCACGGGUCCCUAUAACCCCUCGAGUCCCGAGCCCACUCCCUCAGCGGGGGCCCUGGCCGAAAGCCCUGUCACUGACGAUGACACCAAACUUCUCAUUCACUACAAUGGCAAUGAUCUACAGACAGGUCCUCCAAGGGAGCAGGGGGCGCCAGAGCACACUGGAAUCAUUGCAGGGGUGGUGACAGCUGUGAUUCUGCUUGUUAUCCUGACACUGCUGGCUCUCUACUACAUCAACACACAUCCCACUGUUGCCCCACCAUUCUACCUCAUGCAGCAACGAACAAACAACUACUGGCCUUCCAUGAAGUUCCGGAACCAAGGCUGCCACAACAGCUAUGCGGAGGUGGAGGUUGGGGGCCAGGAAAAGGAGGGAUUCAUCGAGGCUGAACAGUGCUAAGGAGACUGGACUGAGGGCUGAAAAGUAUAGCAUGGGCUUUUUUUGGGAGUGUAAAGAAACGGACUUGCCCCAGUGGAAAAUUACAGUGAGAUUUUAGCCGUCAUUACUGCAAUUAAUGUACAGUUAAUCUUUAUACUGCUUUCUGUUUUUGUUUUCACCAAGAGAAAGGGAAUCUGUUUUACAGUGUCUUGUUGAUCAAUGACUAUGUUUCAUAUUAUACUCCUCGUUUAGCCGUGUGGAUUUGACUAGCUCUGUGGGUGAUGUGCAUCUCUACAGUGAUGACAGAGGUAAUGAGAGCGACAAACAUCCAGGAAACCUCUGAUGAGAGUUUUGCCAAAAUUUGCUUAAGUUGCUCAUGCAUUACGCUGUAAAUGUUGCAAUAAGGGAAAACUUUGCUUAUUAGACAUUGGGGCUUCUUGCCAAAUCCUGGCAGGAUGGUUUUUAUAGUGAAUUAUGUUGAAUCGUAAUUUUUCGACACACUCUAGUGUGGCCUGGGGGACCAGGUUCCAUGAGUUCCUGGAGAAACUCAUAAACUUAAAACAUGGAACAGCUGACAGUAUCCCUGGGGACCAAGAACAACCCGCAUUCUGCAAUCACGUUGUGGUGUUAGCAGAGGAGUAAUGGUAGCAUCAAAUGAAAGCUUUGACACUCUGAUUUCAAAAGUUGGCUUGUACUUUUGCUUUCGUCUACUACUAAGUCCAGCAGUAGCGGUAAAGUUUUGGUCUUAAAGAUCAGCAUUGUAGAGAUAUAGAGUAUUUCAAAAUGCUCUUUUCUUGUUAUAACGUAAGCAUACACAGUUGCAGCUCAUACUAAAUAGGCACCUUGUCAAAUGAAAAUUGCAGUCCAUGGAAUUGAAAUGACAUAACAGUACCCUUCAUGGAAUAUGCUUCAGCAGUCUCUGCUGCAGUGUGUUUCUAACAGGAGCCACAGUUAGUGUGUGGGCCCCCGAAUCCUAUUGAAAGAGGGGUAUGGGGUCACGUCAAGGAAAACAGUCCCAACCUGCACCGCCAAGGGACUAUGCUUGCACAAUCACAGGGAACCUUGACCAGGUCUGACACGGAGUCCUGAACACUAUACAUAAAGCAUAAGAAGAUUGGUGCCCCAGUGACCAGGUCCCUGUCCAAGUUGUUGUUACCAGGGACUCCAGGAUGGACUCCGGAUUUUAGGGUUUUGGUUCAGGAGUGCAGCUACAUGAAUAAACACUAUAUCAACAUUGUAUAAAAGAGUAAAUACAUUAUGACAACAAAUCAAUAAAUGAUUUUCUGACUGUAAA